GAAAAACAAACGAUGGAUCAAGUUACAGCGUUUCAAUCGCUCCCCCAACUUUCUCUCUCCCCUAAAAUAAUUCGAACAAAGAGAAUAAAAAGCAAACUUGUUGAGAAUAAAUACACAGCAGAGAAACUUUGAACCCAAAAAAAAAAAACGAAACUUUGAAGUUGCUCCAAAGGAAAGGAAAGCUCACCAGAAGAAAUUGCAAAGAGAGGAGAAAAAAAGAAUCUUAUGGAGUUCCCUCCGCCCCCGGAGAGAUCAAAGCGCCUCCACAACUUCACCUUACCUUAUCUCCGAUGGGGUCACCAGAGAUUCCUCAAGUGCGUCAAGCUCCCCCCUUCUUCUUCUCCCGAUCACAGAUCUCCCGCUGGAGACGGGAAGCUAAGGCUCGAUCCACCAAAGGUCUCGACUUUGGGGAACGGAGGAGGAGGCGAUGCAGCAGCAGCUCGGCCGUGGAAUCUGAGGACGAGGAGAGCUGCUUGCAACGAGCCGGGAGAUGAGGAGGCCACGAGGAUCACUGGCGUCGUCGUCAAGAGAGGAGGUAGUCACGAAGGAGAUUCAUCGCCGCAGAAGAAAUUGAAAUUCUCUGUUUCUUUGUUGAGAGAAGAGAUCGAAGAUGAUUUCACUGCCUUCGUUGGCAAAAAGCCUCCUCGUAGGCCCAAGAAGAGACCAAGAACUGUUCAGAAGCAAAUGAAUACUCUUUUCCCUGGAUUGUGGUUAGCAGAAGAAGUAACAGCAGGCUCUUACGACGUCCCUGAGGCUGCUGCUGAAACAUGAUCAAAGAAUUUGAUUGUGGUUCAUAGAGAAAUCCUGAUGGUGAUAUCGUCGCCUCAAGGCUGGAAACUGGAGGUGUAACUUUAGGUGUUUGCUACAAGAUGAAAACAGGAGGAACGCAAACUCGCGGGUCCUUUUCAGGUUUUGAAUUUUUUCAACUUUUUACUGAUAAGAGAAGCUUUCGGUGUUAAUUACAUUACAUCAGUAUCGUACAUCAAAGACUGAGAUAAUGUGCGGUGUCGGAGCAAGGUCUUAGCAUUGGAUGAUCUCUGAAGUUAGCACCUUGGAAGUUUCUUUGCUUGAUGGAAUGAAUAUGGGUAUAUGGUUGUUAGUUUAGGGUCUCUUUGUCUGAUUGAUACUGUUGUUUCUGGCAGGAUGAUGAUGGAGAUUAUUUGAUCAGGAAUGACUGAGCUGUGUAUCAAAUCUAAAUCAUGACAAAAAUGUACAAUUAUGACUGAGCUGUGUAUCACAUGAUCUAAAGCUUUAAUAAUAAUAAGGAAUGAUCGAUCUAAGAAAAGCAAUGAGGCAGAGUUUAGAUACGGAAUCAACAUACACGAUGAGUUUAAUGUAACAGGAACAUACACACUCCGUUGUAUUUCUCUUGGUUUAUAAAACUAUUUUUGAGUCUUGUCUUUUGUGAAACAGUUUUUGCCAUUUAUAGAAGAAAUCUAUAAAACAUACAACCUUAUCUUCUUACCCAACUUAAUAUUCUCUCUCUCUAUCAAAAUCAUUGAACCUCAAAUUCUUCAAGGUGUCCUUUGAAGUCAUUCUCUACACUGAUUUUCACCUCGUCGUCUUCGAUCCUCGUGGAUUCUAGAAAAGGUUUUAUCUUUUCCUGUUUCAUUUGAUCGGGAUAAAGUUUACGACAACUAAUCGUGAAAAGACACCUGUAGAGGGAUAAGAUUACUUCAUAUACGAUAAAAGUCUUUUCUUUCAAUCCGAACCGUUUAAAUAUGCUGACGUGUAUCUGCUGACGUGGAUAAAAACCACGUUUUGCAAUCACGUGAUUCGCGUGACCGUGUCUUAACGAGCGACCACCACCACCAAGGCGGAGAACAAUUCGGGAAGGCCUUAUUCUUACCGUCGCUCUCUCUCUCUUGUUUGCGUGUUGUCUUUUUGGAUAAACCCUAGAUCAAGUCAGAAUCUGAGAGAGCCCUCCCCCAUUGGAAUACAGUUUCUCUCGAGGUAUCAAGAUUUUUUUU